CAGGAGGGAGGAGCCUAAAGAAACAUGCAGCUCUUUGAACGCACGUCAUGACAGGCCGGAGUGGAGGAAACGAAGUUGACUUUUCUUGACUGUCAUGUUGAAGUAAGAAGACGGAGUAUGGCCUGGAGGGAAUAAAAAUAAGAAUCUGGUACAAAAGGAUCGUUCGAGGCGUCAACUAUUGAUGUUUGUGCGUUCCGAUGGCACAGCAGGCAGAGCCUCUGUACGACUUCCCAGAGCCCGCCAAGCCGUGCCAACGCAAGCUGCUGUGUCCUCAAAGGGGACGGGGUUCCCUGAGGAGCAUCAGCGUGCUGGACCGCCUCCUGCUCACAGUCCCUGUCUGGCUCCAGCUGUCAAUCAACCCUGCUACAGCACUGCACAUCCUGCAGAGAGAACCACCGGGGACUUUUCUUGUGAGGCAGUCCCGCACGUCCAAAAGAAAAGUGCUUUGUGUUCGUUUGGCAGACGACAGCGUGCCGUCCUUCGUUCAGCAGUUUGGCAUCAGGGAGGAACAAUCAACUCUGUCUCUGGAGACUUCAGCCAUCAGCUUCCCAGAUCUCCCGAGACUUACUUCCUUUUACUGUGUCAGCAGAGAUGUGUUACCGUUCCCUCUGGAGCUUCCUGAAGCCAUCGCAAAAGCAGCAUCGCACAAAGAGCUGGAGUCCAUCUCCCACAUGGGAAUAGAGUUCUGGAGUUCCCACUUAAAUGUCCGAGGGCCACGAGACGCACCGAAGCCCAAGAAAGCUGAGGAGAAGAAGCCAGAUGUGGCAGCAUCAGUUUCUCCUCCACCCCUGCCAGAUUCACCUCCUCAUCUCGACUCCAACAACGACCCCCCGGCCGCGCCCGAACCAGACGCCCACAAUAAAACGCCCGACCCAAAUCCCACCUUGUUCCACGAGUUCUGCCCGAUCACGACGCGCAGCCCCAGUGAGCUGGACUGCGGCGCGGGCCAGGGYGCCCUGUGCUUCGUCAACCCCCUCUUCCUGCAGUCGCAGAACGCGCUGUGCCGGCGCCGCAUGUUCAAGCGCAGCCUCAAGGUCCGCGUCUCCACAGAGACGCUGACCCAGCUGUCGCCUCCGCUCGCGCCRCCGCCUCCUCCGCCUCUCCUGCCCAAAACCAAGGGGAGGUGCAAGGCCCAAAGGAGGGGGGAGGGAGCCCCCGCUGAUGCCUCGCGGACACAGAAUCCAUCAGGAACUCCUCACUUCCUGUUUGAGAUGAAGGAGGAGGAGCACGAAGACUCCGACACGGACCAAAGCAAAGCAGGAGUCAAGGAGGUGUCAGCUCAGUUUCCAGCCAUAAAGGAGCAUCUUUUAGAUGAAUACAUGACUCCUCCAGUGAACCACCCCACUUCCCUCUCUCCUUACCACUCACCCUCUGUUUCUCCCAUUGCACCUCCUCUUUUCCCCAAAUCGUCCCCCGUUCUCCCCUCUCUCGAUUCCCUCUCCCCCUAUCAGUCUCCAUCUAUAUCUCCUAAAGCUCCUUCGUCACCAAACCGCUCACCCAGCAUCUCUCCAUCCCUCUCCUCCCCACACACAGAACUGGUCUGCAGCACACCUGAGAGGGAGGAGGAGGAGGAGGAGGAGGAGCUUCCAGAGAGAAACCAGGAUGAUGAUGAGGAUUUGAACAAAGAAGAAAGCAUGGAGUUACAGAUGAGCGCUGCGUCUCUUGAAGAUGUGGAGAGCUGCAGUUUGAACGGUAACGUUGAGGAAGCAGCAGAAACGAGCGAACAGACAGCUGAAGCCUCGAGUGAACAAACAUAACAUCUUUCUGAUGGUUUACUUCAAAUCAUGUUUUUUUUUCUUUAAAAGGAGACACAUCAUGCUUUUAAAUCCUUUUUUUCACAUUUAAAUCCUUCAG